AUGUCCUUCUCAAGCCUCGUCCAGGACCUCACGCUCCGCGAUUCUAGCGCGCCGCGGCGACGCGGAGAAGCAUCAGUUUCCACCGUCGACGACCGCGCAUCCCGCACGUCGCACAUCUCGCGCGCCAUGUCAUACGCCAGCACCGCUGCCACCAGCGUCAGCGUGUCGGGCGACAUCUCGAGCCAGCUCCACGCCGGAUAUAGCCAUCCGCUGGCACGGUCAUGGCAAGCCGAGCGCCAGCUCACAAAGUCCAUGCUCAUCUACCCGCUGUUCAUGUCCGACCAGGAUGACGAGGAAGUCCUCAUCCCCUCGCUCCCGAACCAAUACCGCCGCGGCAUCAACAAGCUGGUGCCCUUCCUCGAGCCGCUCGUUCACAAGGGGCUACGGUCUGUUAUCCUCUUCGGAGUGCCGUUGAGGCAGGGCACCAAAGAUGCGCUGGGCACCGCCGCCGACGACCCGGAAGGGCCGGUCAUUCGCAGCAUCCGCCUCUUGAGGCAGAGGUUUCCGCAGCUCUUCAUCGUUGUAGACGUCUGCCUGUGCGAGUACACGUCACACGGCCAUUGUGGUAUUCUGCGCGAUGACGGGAGUUUGAACAACCAGCUGUCGGUCGACCGCAUCUCGGACGUCGCCAUUGCAUACGCGCGAGCUGGCGCCCAUUGCGUUGCACCUUCUGACAUGAAUGACGGCCGGAUCCGUGCCAUCAAGCUCAAGCUGAUUGAGGAGGGCAUUGCCCACAAUGUCACGCUCAUGUCGUACGCUGCGAAGUUCUCGGGCUGCCUGUACGGCCCAUUUCGCGACGCGGCCGGCUCAGCUCCUGCGUUUGGUGACCGGAGGUGCUACCAACUACCCCCUGGCGGUCGCGGCUUGGCUCGCCGAGCAAUCAUCCGUGACAUCAAUGAAGGCGCGGACAUCAUCAUGGUCAAGCCCGCAAGCCAGUACCUGGACAUUAUCAGUGACGCCAAGGACCUGGGCAAAGAUUUGCCAAUUGCGGCGUAUCAGGUGAGCGGCGAAUUUGCCAUGAUUCACGCGGCGGCGAAGGCCGGCGUGUUUGAUCUCAAGGAAAUGGCGUUCGAGACUGCCCAAGGCAUCCUCCGGGCUGGUGCCACAAUCCUCAUCACCUACUUUACCCCCGAGUUUUUGGAUUGGAUCGAAUAA